AUGGAGUCCUCUGAUAAAAGAUGUACAGUCGUCGACGAAGACGAUGAUCUUGACGAUUUACUUGAUGACGUUUUGGAGAAUUUUUCAAAUGUUUCUGUUUCAAGUUCCUCUAAAGCAAACUCCUUAAAUAACUCUUCGACAAAUAAUCCUCCGACAAAUAAUGCCUCGACAAGUAAUGCUUCGACAAGUAAUGCCUCGACAAGUAAUGCUUCACCUGAUCUCGAGAACUCUUUAAAUGGGCUUGAGGACGAAGAAUACGCUCAACAGUUCACAGCUGAAAUGGAAGCACUUGUCAAGAAGCUUGGAGACCCCGAAGAAUUAAGGCAAACUUUUGAAGCCUUCUUAAAGAAUGAUCUUACUGAAUCAACGGAAGCGACUAGUGACAGUAGCAGCGGCAACAACAAAAAAUCAUUUCAAGAAACGAUUAAUCAAACAAUAAAUAAAUUACAGAAAAGUUCAGAUCAAGUUGACGCGGAAGUUACUGAGGAGGAAGUCAAUGAAGAAUUUCUUGCCGAGAUGAUGAGACAAAUGGAAGGAUUACCAUAUAACGGUGAUAUUCAAGAUAUGUUCGAAAAAGUGAUGGAACAACUUACAUCAAGGGAUAUCCUUUAUGAACCUAUGAAACAUUUAGCUACGAAGUACCCGGAGUGGCUCAGGGACAAUAAAGACAAAGUAUCGCAGGAGGAAUACGAGAGGUAUAAAGGUCAAUCGGACUACGUACAAAAAAUUGUCGCGUACUUCGAGGCGCCGACUUAUAGCGAAAACAACGAGCAACAAAACAAAGAAUUAGUGGAUCUAAUGCAAAAGCUACAAGAUUUCGGUCAACCGCCUGCCGGCGUUCUUGCAGAUUUGGCGCCAGACUUGGAAUUGGAUGAACAGGGGCUUCCAAAAUUUCUGCCUGCAGAUAUGGAUAAAUGCAGUAUUAUGUAG